UACACCUUAAAGAAAUAUGCAAGGUUAUGAGUAAAGACGAAUAACGAUUAAUCGUAGGUCGAAAGUGUCCCGGAGAGUAAAAUAGCUGUAAAUUGAGCUGAAAUCUGGCGCAGAUCAACAGGUUCCAGUUAGAUUAGAUUAUUGGAUUGGCUACAACAGAUUAGCGCUCGUCGUUUUCCACAACACCAACUGGGAGAAGAGCGAGUAAUACGACGUUUCUAUGCGUUGAGUCCGUUAUUUAUCAGGUAAUCGAUAUGUUGACCAGCUUUAUGGAUGGAAUCCUCUGCUGUAUAACGGGUAAAUCUGCUAAUAUUGUGGUUCCAAUUGAAACAUCCGAGCCUGCAGACGGUUUUGAGUUUGUGGAGGUGAAGCCUGGCCGGGUGCUGCGAGUUCGGCACAUCAUCCCUGACCGGCCAGUGGUGGACGAGCCAGGCAGUGGGGAAGGGGGCAGCGUGAGCUGCAAAAGGAAAAUCACAGUGUACCGUAAUGGACAGUUACUGAUAGAGAAUGUGAGUGAGGCGACACAUCCAGAGCUUGUGCGUUGUCAGAAUGGAGACAGCACUGUGGAGGUAGAGUAUCUGGACAGCAAUCACCUAGCCUCGAGACAAGCUGGAGACUCUAAUACAGUAACACCCCAAGAGCAGCCUCAGCAGCCUCAUCGCAGGCGGCGCAAACCCAAACGCACUGUGAUGAUUGACUGCGAGCGCAAAAUCACCUGCUGCAAAGAAACACACCCGGACGUGGCCUUGUUCUUCAUACACGGAGUGGGCGGGUCUCUGGACAUCUGGGGGAGCCAACUGGACUACUUCUCCCAGCUUGGUUAUGAAGUCAUUGCCCCAGACCUCGCUGGCCAUGGCGCAAGCUCUGCCCCUCAGAUCACCGCUGCCUACACGUUUUAUGCCCUGGCAGAGGACAUUCGGAUAGUAUUCAAGAGAUACGCAAAGCGGCGGAAUAUCCUCAUUGGACAUUCUUAUGGUGUGUCAUUUUGCACCUUCCUGGCCCAUGAGUAUCCAGAGCAAGUUCACAAAGUGGUGAUGAUUAACGGUGGUGGCCCUACAGCUCUGGAACCCAGCCUUUGUUCAAUCUUCAACCUGCCCACAUGUGCACUGCAUUGUUUGUCACCAUGCCUCUCUUGGAGCUUCCUCAUGGCUGGAUUUGCCCAUCAGGGGACAAAGGAAAAGAAACUUCUUAAAGAGAAAAAUGCCUUCAAUGUGUCUUCUUUUGUGCUGCGGUCCAUGAUGAGUGGUCAGUACUGGCCAGAGGGUGACGAGGUCUAUCAUGCUGAAAUCACUGUUCCCACUCUCCUGGUGCACGGCAUGUAUGACAAGUUUGUGCCAAUACAAGAGGACCAGCGCAUGGCGGAGAUUCUGCUUCUGGGCUUUCUGAAGGUCAUUGAUGAGGGAAGCCACAUGGUAAUGAUGGAAUGCCCUGAGACAGUUAACACUCUGUUACACGAGUUUUUCCUGUGGCAGCCGGCCACUACCUCAAAACCCAAACAAGACUCUGCACUUCCAACAAGCGCCAACAAAACCUCCAACUCUAAAGAGACGGCAAGGCCGACAACUGCACCCAAGAUUACGGCCUCAAAGCCUGAACAAGAUCUGACAAGGCCAACAACUGCUCCAAAGAUUGGCCAAGAGGGGACAGAAACAAGAAAGUAACACAAACACAGGGGCAGUCUGGCUGCCAUAUAAGAGAAUAUGCUUUCUUCAUUCUGAAAAAGUACACUGUCUGAGCUUCUGCAGGCUCUACCUGAAGAUGAGCCUAAACCCAGUAUGAGUUUGCAGUAUUGCAAAUCUGUCUCUUGUAAAAUGAACAUAAUGUAGACAUAAAUAUCAAACAAGGGAAAAACGUGACAUGACGAAGAUGUUUUCAUGGCACAUGAUCCAUAGCAGGCUCAAAACUUUUUAAUGCACUUUGACCCACUUAUGCAACAUCUAUGUAGCUGUGGCAUUUUGCAUUACCUGGUAUCAUUAUUCCGUUAUUCUCCCAGUUGAAAACAGUAUAGUUAUGACCGUUGUGUGAAGAACAAAUGGCGAAGGGCAAACAUACAGUAAGUGCUUAGUUUAAGAAACACUUUAAAGGCCUGGCUACACUGAUGGCAAUGUCAGUUCAUAGCGUGAACUACCUUCUGCUGUUUUGUCUUGAGAGCAGCAUUGCAUAUUUAGAUAAAGAGGGACCAAUGCUGUUUUUUGUAAAAAUCAGUGCCAUAUUGGCAUGUUCCAGGACAAACAUCAGUGUUUCAGUGAAGUAUUUAUUUUCCUGAUGUAGUUACUUGAAUGCAUCACAGUGAAAGUGUUACAUAAAUAACAGGAAAUAGUUUGUCUCUAGUUAUAUAUGCUUUCAAAGUAUUAAACCUAUGGAGACUAUAGUAAUAAUGAAAUGUUCUACAAACACUGACAUGACCUAAAACCUCAUUUGGAAUGUAUAUUAUCGUUUUGUACUUUGAAAAUAAAUGUAUUUGGUACAGGAAACAAUUUAGCAUUAUAGCUAUUAAUUAUGCUCAUUCACACUGAAAAAAAAGGUUCUGUACUACAUGCAUUGU